AUGACUGGUGCUCUUGUUGACCCAAGUUGUGUUCUCGAGUCUGUGCACGGUACCACGACCGGACGAGCGAGGACUGGACAGAUUUCAGCUAGGCUCUUCGAACGUAGUUUGGUCAAUAUUAUACCACUGGUACAGCCAGGAAUCAAGACAGUUGAGGUGGUCCGACAGGACGGCCUUUGCGUCUAUAUAGGCACAUCACCAUGGCCUUAUCGAGCAUCUGAUUCCGACUUCCCCGUCGAUAUCGGCACUAUGCGUUCCACUUACCUUUUCUUGUCUGUGGCAGCUCCAUUGGCCUCGGCCUUUGUCAUCCCGGAUGAGAGUGUCCUUGCGGAAAUAGUCCCUGAGACUCGUCCAGCCGCAGAUGAUCAGUUGUCUAAAGCAGACGUCGAGACGAGCCUGUUAGGCAUUUCUCCAGAUGGGCAUAGAGGCUGGGGAGGAGAUGGGGACUGGCGUGAUGACGAUGAAUACCCUAGACACGGUGAUUGGCCCGGGCAUGGAGGCUGGGGAAGACAUGGGGACUGGCCUGAUGAUGAUGAGUAUCCCGAGCACGGCGACUGGCCCGGAUACGACGAAGAUCCGCACGAGAGAUGGCCCGGUGGUGAUUGUCCCAGACGAGGAGGAUGGCCAGACGACGACGACGAACACCAUGGACAUGGAAAAAGGCCCGAACACGGAGGAUGCAGAUACGACCGCGACGGCAGAUCAUGCAACAGACACCGACACUAUCCGAUCCACCGGCCAAUCGACGCCUGUCCAGGCCCGCUAUGCCACGCAGACAAAACAACAUGGGAGCUCAUCAAAGGAAACGAGCAUACAUCCCGACUCGCCGAGCUCAUCGCCGGCGACAACGACCUAAUCGACAUCCUUAAUAGCACGACAGCAAACCACACCUUCUUUGCGUUGACGAACCAAGCCCUAGAGGGACUUCCACGAGGGCGAAAUGGACCCAGUCCCAAGUACAUGUCCAGCUUGCUGCGGUAUCAUAUCCUCCCUGAUCGAUUAUCUAUCCAGCAUAUCGCGAGCCACGGGACGCUAGCGACGAAGCUGACAGAACGAGCCCUGGAAUCGAAUCUGCCACAGAGGAUUGUUGUCCGAGAGCACCACGACGGAGUGAUGUUGAACCGGAGGAGUAGGGUAGUGGGAGCUGACAUGAAAACCAAAAACGGCAUAAUCCACAUAAUAACCAGUCCCCUCCAUCCACCCCCAGAGACACGCACAAUGCUGCACGAAGCACCAGCCGACUUCAGCACCUUCACGCUGGCCCUAGCACGCACGAAUCUCGCUAACAGCCUUGACCCGGCGCAGCGGCAGGGCGGUACAACCUUUGCGCCCACAAACGCUGCCUUUAGACGGCUCGGGGAGCAGGCGAAUCGGUUUCUUUUCUCGCGGCAGGGUGAGAGGUGUAUGCGUGCGCUGAUGCAGUAUCAUAUUGUGCCGAAUCGGACGCUCUACUCGGAUGUCUUGUAUAGUAGUAAUGGGAAGGCUCAUGGGUUGUUUUCUGGCCAUGAUAGUGGGAAUGGGAAGGGCAAGGGUGGGUGUGUUGGUAGGGUAGAGGAAGACUAUGCGAAUGUGCGGCUUGUGACUCUAUUGAAGGAGAGGGAUUUGGUGGUUGAUGUAAAGAAGCGGUUUGGUGAGGUUGAUAUGCGAGUUAAUGGAUUUGGUAGGGUCGAACGAUUGGACUUGUUGGCGAGGGAUGGGGUGGUGCAUGUUUUGGAUCAGGUAUUGGUUCCGCCGAGGAAGAUUCAGGAUAAAGAUGAAGAUGAAGAUGGGGAAGAACUGAUGAUUGAGGAACUUGUGGAGAGGUUGGAUGGUUGUGUCUAUGAGAUGACUCGGGGAGAACUGUGA